AUGGAAACUGCAAGCCCUAAUAAACCAUUUCCUUCAUAUCUCUGUCUCUUACAAGCUUUGUGGAUCACUACUAGGUACAUGGGAAUCAAGAGAGGCCAAAAACUUGCUACCAAGAACUUUGCUUCACAAGUUCUUCGGAAUGAACUCUCGGGCCCUUUCCGAUCGCACUUCAGCAUUCUCGAUGUAUCUGGCAUCUUCUCUUACGCUCAUGAUGUCAAUGAGGACGAGGAGCAUGGCGCAAGACAGAUGGUUGGGGAGUACAUGAGACAACCGGCGAACAUCGUAAUAUGCGUGGCCGCCGCUACGGCUGAUUUGUCCACUCAAGAGAUCUUCAAGAUGGCCGCCAAGCUAGUCGAGAAGAGUCGUCUUGUUGGAGUCUUCACCAAGUGCGACAGGCUGGAGGAUCCAACUGAGGUUAUUGAUAUCGCCAUGAGAAACCGAUCUGACGCCGAUGGUGAAGAGUUUGACUUCAAAGAAGCUGAACGCAAACUCUUCAGUUGCUCGCCUUGGGAUAGGAUCCCAGAGAAUCGACGAGGCUCUGUGCAGCUGCAAAAAUAUCUCGGCAACCUUCUCUGCGCUCAGAUUCGAGGUAACUUUCCCGCGAUUCAAGAGUCAGUCCGGAGGUUGUUAUCGGAUGCCAAAGACAGCAGGAAGAGCUUAGGCGAGCCUCGUCCAAGUCAUAGUCUCCGUCAGCAAUACAUCAGGGAUAUGGUUGAGAGGUACCAUGUAAUGGCAACCAAGACUCUCAAGAGCCCCGGAUCCCUGGCCAAGGAUAGCCUACGCGUAAGAGGACUGGUGCGUCGGGCAAACGAGAGCUUUUCAUCUCAAAUGCUUGCACGUGGUCAUACGUACACCUUUGAAGACCAUGGGGUAGACCCUAUGACCCAGCUCUCCGAAACUAUCACCGUCUUGUCACCUCCAUGUCCACAACCACCAACCGGGCAAGAGCAGGUUACGACGCCACCAACGACACCGCCUAAGAAGCGACAUGGACUGACGCCGCAACUAUAUACCAAACCUCAGCCCACCCGCGUGCCGUCCUUCGUGGAUGAAAUCCAGCAGUGGCAACGGAUUGCAGAAAAGCACAUCGAAAACAUUGCCGAUGAUGUAGAGACGGCUUCUAAUUGGAUUCUCGAAGAUGUUUGUUCGCCCGAGAAUUGUUCGAAGAUCCUGUACGAGGAGCUGGCUCGAGCCCUCACCCAUUUCCAGCAAGAAGCCAAGCAGAAAGCACUUCGAGAGCUCAAGGAUCAUUGCCGUCGAGAGCGAGAAUCUCACCUACAGACGACUGACGCAAGGUUUCACGAAAGGCUGCAGACACUACGGACUGUUCGGCUUCUUAGAGCGAUUGGCUCCAGUCCUGAGCUUCGAGAAAGUCUGGACCUGAACAGAUCAAAGACUCUCUUCCGUCAAAUCCACCACUCAAGCGAAGGAAACAUGGUUAACGAUGUGCAUGAUGUUAAAGUUUAUUACGAACUUUCCCUCGAGGCUUUCAUCAGAUACAUCACCAACGACAUUGUCGAAGAUUUCGUGUCUUACUCCAAGGGGCCGCUCUUAGGAUUAUCCACGGACUGGGUCCUCAUGCUGACUGAUGAAGAAGUUGAGAAGCUCGCUCGCGAGGAUGAUGAGACAAUGGGAAGACGUUCGCACUUCGACGGAGUCAUUGAGAAGCUGAAUAUUGUGCAUGAAAUAGCCGAGAAGGCUAGAAUUCAGACUCGGAACCUUGGAGACAUGUGAGCUUAUCUCAUUGAAUACACAAGAGACUUAAGUUAAGCCCUGUACAUUAUUAGUGUGAAACAGAGAUUGGUUUUCAAAUGGCAGGACAUUGUGGGAGUAAAUUCGUUUGAUUUACCGCCUUUCUCCAAAUACACUGAGUACACAUGCAGUGCAUAACCCUUCAUAACACCUUGGUACAUCUUCACUCAAAAGACACGAAGUAACAGUCUGGGGGAAUCUUACUGAUGAAGGGGCAACCUAAAGCAGGAUGACUUCUCGUGCAUGAGGCUGUAACGAACGCCCUGUGCGGAUUCUGACUUUUUACCUCAAAGGUAAGGUGCGGUUCCUUG